GUUGCAUUUGUAUCCGCUUGGGACAUGAGGAUCCUGCUGAGGGAGAUGGAACGCCUGCCCUCUCCACCCCGCCAGUGGAUCGGGAGUGAGUCCUGGGUCACUGAUCCAAAUAUGCUGAGUUUUGGCCUGUGUGCCGGGGCCAUCGGAUUUGGCAUCCAACGCUCUGUCAUCCCCGGCCUCAGGGACUUCCUCCUGGACCUCUCCCCACAGAAGGUGUCCAACUCUCCCCUGCUCACUGAGUUCUGGGAGGGAGCCUUUGGCUGUAGGCUGAGGAUAGGGACCUCUACAGGUGUUAGGGUUGAAGAGAAGGUGUGUGAUGGCAGUGAGGAUAUACAGCAGCUACAGACCCCCUACACAGAUACAUCCCAGCUGCGUGUCACUAACAUGGUGUAUAAAGCUGUUUAUGCCAUAGCACAUGCCAUCAACAGCAUCGUUUGUGAAGAGAAAGAAAACUCCACUGUUUACUGUGACAAAAACCUUACUGUGAAGCCAACACAGGUCCUGGAGAGAUUGAGGAGGGUGAAUUUCUCUCGUAACGGGUACCAGGUGUCUUUCGAUGCCAACGGGGACCCAGUGGCCACCUAUGAGCUGGUCAACUGGCAGAGACGGAAGAGUGGGAAGAUGGAGUUUGUGACAGUGGGGCGCUAUGAUGCGUCCCUGCCUCCUGACCAGAGGCUUGACAUCAACAGGGAAAUCACCUGGGUAAAGAACAGUACACAAGUACCUGUGUCAGUGUGCAGUGAGAGCUGUCCCCCAGGCACUCGUAAGGCUGUACAGAAAGGAAAGCCUGUAUGCUGUUAUGACUGUAUCCAGUGUGCAGUGGGAGAGAUCAGCAAUAACACAGAUUCUUCAGACUGUCUGAUCUGUCCUGAGGAGUACUGGCCCAACGCUGAGAGAGACCUCUGUAUCCUUAAACCUGUUGAGUUCCUGUCCUUCCACGAGGUCCUCGGAAUCAUCCUGACCGCCUGCUCUGUGGGCGGGGCUUGUCUUGCAAUCGCCACGGCAACUGUCUUCUACCACCACCGAACGUCUGCCAUCGUCAGGGCCAACAACUCUGAGCUGAGCUUCCUGCUGCUCUUCUCCUUGACUCUGUGUUUUCUGUGUUCUCUUACUUUCAUUGGCCGGCCCUCUGAAUGGUCCUGUAUGCUGCGUCACACAGCGUUUGGGAUCACCUUCGUUCUCUGCAUCUCUUGUGUUCUGGGGAAAACCAUAGUGGUGUUGAUGGCCUUCAGGGCUACACUUCCAGGCAGUAAUGUCAUGAAAUGGUUUGGUCCUCCACAGCAGAGAUUGACUGUAGUGUCCUUCACGUUUGUCCAGGCUUUGAUAUGCACUCUGUGGUUGGUCCUGUCCCCUCCCUUCCCCAUUAAAAACCUCACUACCUACAAGGAAAAGAUCAUUCUAGAGUGUGAUGUGGGUUCAGCUAUUGGUUUCUGGGCUGUGUUGGGUUAUAUAGGACUCCUGUCUCUCUUGUGCUUUGUGCUGGCUUUUCUGGCUCGGAAGCUGCCUGAUAACUUCAAUGAGGCCAAAUUCAUCACCUUCAGCAUGCUCAUAUUCUGUGCAGUCUGGAUCACCUUUAUCCCAGCUUAUUUCAGCUCUCCAGGGAAGUUGACUGUAGCUGUGGAGAUCUUUGCCAUCAUCACCUCUAGCUUUGGGUUGUUCUUUCUAUUAUUUGUUCCUAAAUGCUUUAUUAUUCUGUUCAGGCCGGAGAAGAACACCAAGAAACACCUCAUGGAGAAGACAUCCAAUGAUAUACAUUAUUAAGAAAUUAUUGAGUGGAAAAAACAUUGUAACGUUCAGUUAUAUGGUUUAUCAUACAGUUAGGUAAACGACUCUAACAGAGAUGACCAACAAUUUAGCAGAUAAUCAUUGGUAAAUUUGUAACUCGUAACAUGACAGGUUCACUUUAGAUAUUCCAAUGUUAUGAGAGAUUGUUAAAAUCUAGAGUGUUAAAAUCUAAUUAGACUUGCUAAAUGAUGUGAUUAGCAGUAGCCUACAGAGUGGAACCACUUCCAUGUUGUUGAAGAAAAACUUUAUUCCUAUAUGAAUUGACAUAACAUUGAAGUGCAUGUGUUCAAUUGAUAUUGUAAUUCAUCAUAAUGUAUAUUAUAAUAGUAUAAUAUAAUAAACAUUUUCAGAUA